AGUAAAGAGCUUCCGGUUGAAAAGAGAACAAAAGCCAAUCGUGUCUGUUUUCAUGUGCUGUAUUGAAUGUAAUCGACGUUACGGCUGCUGAUUUAAGACUACAUCAACAUGCCUCGAGUUUACAUCGGACGAUUGAGUUAUCAUGUCCGUGAGAAAGACAUCCAGAGGUUUUUCAGCGGCUAUGGGAAGCUGCUGGAGGUGGAUCUGAAAAAUGGGUAUGGAUUUGUUGAGUUUGAAGACACGCGUGAUGCAGAUGAUGCAGUCUAUGAACUGAAUGGAAAAGAGCUGUGUGGAGAGCGAGUCAUGGUCGAGCACGCCAGGGGUCCUCGCCGAGACCGUGAUAGCUAUGAACGAGGGGGUUAUUAUGGAGGUGGCAGUGGUGGCCGCAGUGGUUACAGCAGCAGAAGUCGCACUGGUAGGGACAAGUACGGCCCUCCUGUUCGCACGGAGUUCCGGCUUAUUGUGGAGAAUCUGUCUAGCCGCUGCAGCUGGCAGGACCUCAAGGAUUUCAUGAGACAGACAGGUGAGGUAACCUAUGCAGAUGCCCAUAAGGAGCGUGCCAACGAGGGGGUCAUUGAGUUCCGCUCGUAUUCUGAUAUGCGGAGAGCUCUGGAAAAACUGGAUGGAACGGAUAUCAAUGGCAGGAAGAUUCGUCUAGUUGAAGACAAGCCACGGCGUAGACGCUCCUCCUCUGGGAGCCGAUCUCGGUCUCGUAGCCGACGUAACUCUCGUAGCAGAAGCCGUCGUAGCAGCCGUUCCAGGAGCAACUCGAGAUCCCGUUCAAGGUCUCGUUCUCACCGCUCCCAUUCCAGAUCGGGCCACAAGUCUCACUCCAAGUCUCCAAGCAAGUCUCGCUCACGCAAUCGUAAAUCCCACUCGCGUUCUCGCACCCACAAAUCUCGCAGCCGAUCGGCUAGCCACAAGUCUCGCUCUCAAUCGGAUGACCGCAAGUCCCGAUCUAAGAGCAGUUCUAAAGUGAAGUCUGAUCAUGGGCGCUCUGAGAAGUCGGUCAGUAAGAAAUCCAGGAGUAGGUCUGCUUCACCAAUGGAGAAUGGUGACAGGGAACGUGCCAAGUCUGUGUCUCGCUCUCCUACUCCUAAAGCAGAUAAAAGCUAUUCCAAGUCACCAGACCAGCGUUCACAUUCUCACUCUAAGUCAGGCUCGCAUUCUAAAUCCCGCUCCCGUUCCAGAUCUGCUUCCCAAGACUAGCAUCAAGUUCGACUAGACGCAAGGUCCUUAGCAUUACAUCAGGUUUAAUUUGUUUAAGUGAUCAUUUAGUGUGCUGCAUGUCCUUGUUUUUAUAAACUAUGAUCCUCUGUUCCCAUUGAUGCCGAAAAAAAGCCUCUUGGUUAUGAAAUUACUGUCUACAGCAUCUUUCGGCUAAUAAAAUAUAUAAUAUGAAAUGCUAACUAUUACACCAUGUAAAACCAUGACCUUAUUAUAAAUGUUCCUUUUCCUGUAACAAUUUUUUUAAGUCAUUGCAAACAGUCUUUUCUUUUUUAUUAAAAUUUGCUCAUUGAUCUACUGGU